AUGCGGCGGUGCAACAUAGGAGGAGGGACUGAUAACAAAUUCGAAGAGGAGGAAAAUUUUGAAUAUGAAUUGGUUCCAAAGAAGCCAAAGUUGAAUGGACACAGUUCAAAUCCAAUGGGUAUGUAUUGUGAAUUUGAUGAUUUUAGCAGUGGUUCAGGUUCUUUUUGCAGCGAAGGAUCGUACUGGGCUAACGAGGUUCAGUCUAAUGCGAAGAUUAGAUUGAAGAAUCAGAGCAUGGCGAGCUCCCGGAAGCCGAUAUCUAGAUCUUCUCGAGGGCGAGUGCAAAUGCUUCCUUCGAGGUUUAAUGAUUCGGUUGUGGAUAUUUGGAAAAAUGAGGAGUGUAGAAUUGAUGAUACUGAUUUGGAAAUAGAGGAUGAUGAUUUUGCAGAUAGAGAGGAUUUUUAUAGUGAGAAACAUAUAUAUAAUAGUAAAUUUGGUUUUGGAAGCUCUAUUUCCUAUCCGUUUUAUGCCAUGGAAGGAAAUGGAGAAGUGGGUCAGUUAGGGUGUAACAAUUUUCAGUGUAGAAAUGGUGAUUAUACAGAGUUUAUGAGUUCGAGCAAUCCAUUAAUAGAAGAUGGGGUGUUUGUGCCAAGAUAUGGGCAUACAGUUUGGGUUAAAUGCGGGAAGAGGUACCCAUGGUGGCCAGCUAUUGUGAUUGAUCCCAUCUUGAAAGCUCCUGAUGCGGUACUACGUUGUUGUGUUCCUGGUGCUAUUUGUGUUAUGUUUUAUGGGUACUCUAAAAACGGAACGCAAAGGGACUAUGCAUGGGUGAAACAGGGGAUGAUAUUCCCUUUUGCAGAAUUCAUGGACAGAUUUCAGGUGCAGACCCAAAUGUUCAAGUGCAAGCUGAGUGACUUUCAGGUGGCACUAGAAGAGGCAAUUUUAGCAGAAAGUGGUUUACCAGGCAUGGACAGCACUAGUGCGGAAAUAGCAUAUCCUGAAGCUUAUCCCACUGGACUCCAAGAAGCCAGCUGUUCAAUUAUCAGAAUUUUAUCUCGUGAAUUAAUUGUUCAGGAUGCAUGUUACAAAGACAUGAGAUGCUGUGCUGGCUGCAAUGUAAUCUUGCCAUGCAAAACUAUGAAGAAAAGGAAAAGAUCAGCAUUUCAAAGUGAACUUUUAUGUAUACAUUGUGCUAAGUUAAGAAAAUCAAAGCAGUAUUGUGGUAUAUGCAAGAAGACCUGGCAUCAUUCAGAUGGUGGGAACUGGGUAUGCUGUGAUGGCUGUAAUGUUUGGGUGCAUGCUGAGUGUGACAACAUUUCCAGCAAACUUUUCAAGGAUCUGGAGGAUGUUGAUUAUUAUUGCCCUGAUUGCAAAGUAAAAUUUAAACUUGUACGACAACAUUUUGAGAGAAGAAAGUCUCCCGUCAAGUCAGUAGGAAACAGUGGACUGGCUGUACCAAAUGACAAGGUAACAGUUAUCUGCAAUGGGAUGGAGGGAACAUACUUUCUGAAACUUCAUUUAAUUGAGUGCAACUGCAUUUCAUGUGGGUCGCGGAAACAAGCACCUAGUGAAUGGGAAAAACACACUGGGUGUAGAGCUAAAAAAUGGAAGCACAGUGUGAAGAUCAAAGACACAAUGUUACCACUGGCACAAUGGAUUGCUGAAUAUAAUAAUGCAUAUGUAGACCCUCUAAAGUUAGAUAAGCAGAAGCUAUUUGCUUUUGUGCAAGAGAAGUAUGAACCUAUCAAUGCAAAAUGGACAUCAGAAAGAUGUGCUGUUUGUAGAUGGGUUGAAGAUUGGGAUGAUAACAAAAUUAUAAUAUGCAAUAGGUGUCAAAUAGCUGUCCACCAAGAAUGCUAUGGGGCAAGGAAUGUUCAGGAUUUUGCUUCAUGGGUGUGCAGAGCAUGUGAAACUCCUGAUGUGGAGAAGGAGUGCUGCCUUUGCCCUGUAAAAGGCAUGUUGUCUAGCAUUAUUACAGGACGAAUAAUGAAUCUGAUGAUUAUUAAUGUUUCCAGUCAAGGGGGUGCUCUGAAGCCAAGUGAUAUUGAAACACUGUGGAUUCACAUCAUAUGUGCUUGGUUUCGACCUGAAGUUGGUUUCUUGAACCAUGAGAAAAUGGAACCUGCCACUGGAAUACUUAGAAUUCCAUCGACAUCAUUUAUGAAGUUGAACUGCACAGAGAAUAAUGGUGUGCAAGUCACAGAAAAGUUAACAUAUUGUGCUGUUCACAGGAAGCCAAACCCAGAUUAUGUGGUAGUUGUGCGCACCCCUUCAGGAGUUUUCUCUGGCAGAAGUUUUCUUCAGAAUCAUAAUGGGUACUUGAGGGGUUCAAGGUUGGUUUCAACUAAGAGAGUUGAACUUCCAGAACCCUCAACCACAGAGAAUAAUGACUCUGAACCUCUAUCUGCUGCAAAGUGCCGUGCUUUUAAAAGAACAAACUAUAAGAAAACUGAGAAUCAUCGGGUGUGUUUUGGUAAAUCUGGUAUACAUGGAUGGGGCCUCUUUGCACGCAGAAAUAUUCAAGAAGGAGAAAUGGUCAUUGAGUAUCGUGGAGAGAAGGUGAGGCGGAGUGUUGCUGAUCUGAGAGAGGCUCGGUACCGUUUAGAAGGCAAGGAUUGCUAUCUGUUCAAGAUCAGUGAGGAAGUUGUAAUUGAUGCAACAAAUAAGGGGAAUAUAGCACGAUUAAUCAAUCAUUCGUGUAUGCCCAAUUGCUAUGCAAGGAUAAUGAGUGUGGGUGAUGUGGAGAAUCGGAUCGUUCUCAUUGCCAAGGUCAAUGUGGCUGCCAGUGACGAGCUAACGUACGAUUACUUGUUUGAUCCGGACGAGCAUGACGAUUUGAAAGUUCCUUGCCUCUCUCAUGACACUCGUGAUGAUGCCAUCUAUAGAAUCAAUGGCGAUGUUGCUGCUGCUAUAGUGGAUGAGAAACGCUUACGGUAUAGGUAUGAAGUGGAUCUAUGGACAGAGAUAGCUAAGUUUUUGGACGGGAAGUCUCUGGUGAAGCUCGCAGCGACUUGCCAAUGGUUCCACAAAGUCAUCAUGCAUGACAGUGUGUGGAAAUUUGUUUGCUUGCGUGAUCUUCAAGUCCCAGCCCCAUGCCAAGUGGCAUUCAAGUGGAUCAAGCUCUAUGGUUCACUAGCCGAUGGGAGUCACUCCUACAAGUUCCGCGACAAGGAGAAGCAUAUUGAUCCUGUAGAGAAGGCUCUGGAAUCCCGCGGAGCUUGUGUGCUAAGUAACAUCAAAAAAGGAAUCUGGAUAGCAGGAACAAUGCAGACAUUAGAAGCAAGGCAUAUGGAGUUGUUUCUGUGUGAGGGAUACCAGAAUGGGAGCUGGGACUAUGACCCGAUCGGAACCUAUACAGUCAAAAAGUCAGUGGAUGCAGCUUCUGGUGGCAUUUUCGAUCUCAAACACAUCAAGGACCGUGCAAUGGCUGGUGUGUUUAAUCUGAAGUCAUGGGCAGGACAACCCAGUGAUUUACAGCCAAAGGCUAUGAUCACUUUCCAUUCGGUUGCAAUCCGCACCAAUUUACAAGAAAAUCAAGGUGAGGCCUCCCGAGCUGUAUAUAGUCCGAACUUCCAUUAUCUGGCCCUCGUACAGGUUGUUAUCCAUGACAACAAUCGCAAUUUACUUCCAAUAUAUCCUUGA